GAAUAAUUGGCUCCCACUUCCUCAAGUCUUCCAUCACCUCCCCCUCCUCCUCCUAAAGACACUUCCAACUCCAUCCCUCCAACCUCCUUGCCUCUUCUGAGGUUCCCAUUCAUUCAAACACUUAAAAUCUUUCCAAAGAUAUAUAAACCAAGCAAGCAUUUCUAUGGUAGCAUAGCCAUCACUUUUACCUCUUGGAUGGGCCUUCUGAAACCAAUUUAAGCACUGCGAUCGACCAGUCCUGCAUGAGCUGAGCCGGCAGGUACCGUCGACAGCUUCGGAAUGUCUCGAAAGGAGUCGAAAGCUUCAUGGAGGACUCUCCUGGCCAUGUGCUGCGGGAGGGUCGACGAAGGCCCAUCGGUCCGGCGCCCGAAGAAGCUUGUAGCAAAGCAGAAGUCCCUCCAGAGCCGGCUGUCGUUCUCCGAUCUCAGCAACUCCACCGGCAUGCUAUCUCCUGAGGACAUCUCAAUAUCUCUUGUUGGAUCCAAUCUAUAUGUCUUCACACUCUCAGAGCUGAAGGUGGCUACCCAGGGCUUCUCCAUGAGCAACUUCCUCGGCGAGGGUGGGUUCGGGCCAGUCUACAAAGGGUUUGUCGACGAGAAGGUGAAACCCGGGUUGAAGGCUCAGUCGGUUGCAGUGAAGCUCUUGGACUUGGAGGGAGUGCAAGGCCACAAGGAAUGGCUGGCUGAGGUUAUAUUCCUUGGGCAAUUGAGGCAUCCCCACCUCGUGAAAUUGAUCGGUUACUGUUGCGAGGACAAGCACAGGCUUCUCGUCUAUGAAUUCAUGGCUCGGGGCAGCUUGGAGAACCAUCUGUUUAAAAAGUUUUUGGCUUCUUUACCAUGGUUAACACGACUGAAGAUCGCCGCUGGAGCUGCCAGAGGUCUCACCUUUCUCCAUGAAACAGAGAAGCCAGUGAUAUACCGAGACUUUAAAGCUUCAAACAUCUUAUUGGACUCGGACUAUAAAGCAAAGCUCUCAGAUUUUGGACUUGCAAAGGACGGUCCAGAAGGAGAUGACACCCAUGUUUCGACCCGAGUCAUGGGCACAGAGGGCUAUGCUGCACCAGAGUACAUCUUGACAGGCCAUCUCACAGCCAAGAGCGAUGUCUAUAGCUUUGGAGUUGUGUUGCUUGAGCUACUGACAGGGAGGCGGUCUGUUGACAAGACUCGGCCUAGCAGAGAGCAGAACCUUGUGGAAUGGGCAAGGCCAUGUCUAAAUGAUGCGCGGAAGCUAAACCGCAUCAUGGACCCCUGCCUUGUGGGUCAGUACUCCACCAAGUGUGCCCAGAAGGCAGCUGCUGUGGCCUACCAGUGCUUGAGCCAAAACCCAAAAUCCAGGCCUCAGAUGUCAACCAUUGUUAAGACCUUGGAGCCUCUCUUGGAAAUGGAUGACAUGCCAAUCGGCCCUUUCAUCUACACAGUAUCAGUGGAGAAUGGUAAAGUAGAGGACUCAGAGAAGUCACAAGUAAAAGAGAAUGGACACCACCACCAUGGCCACAGGCACAAGCUCAGGGCCCCCAGGUCCGGAAGUCAUUCCGAGCCUCUUUGUCGGGAUGGAGGCAAUGGGCAGUACAGAAACUCGCCAAGACACCUUCAAGAAAGUAGAUCAUAAAUCACCACAAAGGAACUGUGUUGUACAUAGAGAACUUAGAUCAUCUUGCUCGAUGUCUGUCAUUCUUUCUGAUAUUUUGAAAUCAGACAUAGAGUUUGAUUGGAGUGUACGAUUCUGCUAAAUAAAACAAUGAAAUUAGUUAAGCUCUUUAAC